AGGGUGGCACCAUGACCCACUUCGUGAAGUCUGAUCGCAUGGGUGAGAUUCCGAUCAAGUCGAGGUCUUACUCGGACCAUGUGCACGGCUUCUCAGAUGACGCGUACGUCGGCGCCGGGGUUGAUCCCGCAGGUCGUUGCCUUGGUCAGGACGAGCUUCGGCCUUAGGCCGCAGCCCCCGCCCAAGACGACCUUCGGCGCCGCCGUGCCGAUCCACGGGUAUGCCGGCUGGGUGCCCGGCCGCGUGGGCGAGAGCGUCUGCGGCGAGCGGCAGUGCCAGACCAACCACGUCGCGGAGACGUUCUCUGGAAGAAGAAUCGCAUGCGCAUCACCCAGCGGUGAGAGCGCCGAGAGCCGCUGCUGGGUGGGCAUGCUCGUCUGGAGGGCGUGGGGGUGGGUGAGGAACAUGGGGGGGCUGCUGUGAUCUGGGGGAGACCGCCGGCGCCCGUUUGUCACCGCGGUCGCGCAGCGAGGGC